AGCAGUUCGCAAACCGAGGACAGCCCACCAUCAACGGCACUUUUUUCGACAGUUAGCUGUUCACCUCCGGUGGCGGUCAGGCGAUCCCGUCCUACUCGUACGGGAUGCAUAUCGGCACGCCCACGUACAACCUGGCGGGAUCCUUGCUGCUGGGCGGGUACGAUCAAUCCCGCGUACUGGGGGACGUCUCGUCCCAGCCAUAUUCCGAUGAUGGAGGGUUCCCGAUCAAGCUUCGUGACAUCAGUCUCGGAGUGGUCCGCGGAGGCUCGCCGUGGUCUUCCGCAACCACGAACAGCACUACAAACAACAACCCCACAGGCCUUCUCGCCGCCGGCAACUCCUCAAUUUACCUCCAACGGAAUAACCGUCUACUCCAGCCCCGGGGACCCCUACAUCUACCUCCCCCAAAGCACCUGCGACGCCAUCGCCGCCCACCUCCCCGUCACCUACCAGAGCACCCACGGCCUCUACAUCUGGAACACCUCAACCCCCGCUUACCGCAGCAUCAUCACCUCACCCAGCUACCUAGCCUUCACCUUCGCCAAGGACAACUCCAACCGCGCCAACAUCACCAUCAAGAUUCCCUUCGCCGUGCUGAACCUCACCCUAACCCCACCCUUGGUCGCCCAACCGACCCCCUACUUCCCCUGCCGGGGCACCACCACCGCCGGGGCUGUCUAUGCCCUCGGCCGCGCCUUUCUGCAGGCCGCCUUCGUCGGAGUCAACUGGGGCGAUAGCGGCAGUGGCACGGGCAAUUGGUUCCUGGCGCAGGCACCCGGCCCCAAUCUGCAGACGCCAUCGACCACCGUUAUCCAGCCCGAGGAUACUACUGUCCUUGGGUCGGACAAUGAUUGGGAGGAUAGUUGGUCCGGAGUGUGGACGGCGCUCCCGAUUGCGACUGUUGCCACUUCCGCUUCCGCUUCGACGACGAAUACCACCACGAAUGGACGUUCAUCUUGUAAGGAUUGCAGCACUGAGAUACUGUCGACAGGUGCUAAGAUAGGGAUUGGCGUCGCCUGCGGCUCGGUAAGUAUAGGUGCGACCGUCUUAUGCACGCUGUGGUGCGUCACUCGUCGUCGUCGUGCCUCUCUUGAUAAGGUGGGUAGUGGUGGAGGCGGCAAGGAGUGGCCGGAUUCGACGCAGGGUCCGAACUGGGCGGGUUAUGAGUUUACGAGUACCCUUAGUGAUAGUAGGGCCGGUGGCGGUGGUGGUGGAUGGCCAGCGGGUCGGUCGCGGGCUAAACCCCCUGUCGAGCUUGGCGUAUAUCGUAAUGAAGGACCGCAUGAGAUGGGAUAGAAUACAGAAUCACGGUUUCAUCUUGGGAUGCUAUCUUCG